GUGGGCGGAGCCAGGAGGUGUCGCCCCGCCCCUCCUCGACCUGAAAAGAGCUGAGGCGGCGGCGCCGCCAUUUUGUGUUGAAGCUACCUCAGGAUGGAUUCGAAACGUGAACUGGAGCUGCCCGUCGCCCUCCGAGCUUUCAGACUCACCGCCCCGCCGCGGAGCGCCGCUCCACACUCUCCUCCGCACCGCUGGCAGCGCUGAACGGCCUCAUGGAGCACAGCGGUCGCGAACGCGCCGGCCCCGGCUCGGGGUGGGCCCGGCUGGGCCUGGCCGCGGCCUGGCCGAAGCUGGCGGGCCCCAGCGCGGCCCCCGCCGGCGGCUCGUCCCAGACGAGCCCGCCCUUCUCCUUUCUGCGCGUGGUGUCGCAGCUGCUGUCGCCUCUGCCCGCUCUCCUGCAGCGGCUCUUGCCCGGCGCCGCGCUGAGCUCCGCGCUGUGCCCCGCCAAGGCGCCGCUGGUGCUGCUGCCCAAGGCGGACACCUCGCUGGACUGGGCCCAAGAGGAGCCUCCGGUGAAGCGGCCGGAAAGCGGCCCCGAGCCCCCGGCGGGGCUAUGGGGAGCUGGGCUAGUGCGGAGCAGCAUGGGGACCCUUCCUAUGGAUUACUGGUACGUGCUGGGCUUGGAGCAGGGCAAGAGCCACCUGCCGCAGCCCCUGCGAGCCGAGGACUUGCCCGAGGUUGAGUUCCUGCGCAGCAAGCGCCUGGCGUUCCUCCAUCCCUGGCGUCUGCCCGUGCCCGACCCCGACCACGGCUACCACAGCCUGGAGGAGGAGCAGCAGCAGCAGCACAGGGAUGUCCGCCGAGAAGUUGGUAAUAGAGGGGAUUUGGAGCAGCCCGAGGAUGCGGGGAGACAGCCCGGAGGUGUCCCCGUGGAGCAGGAGGGGCUCCGGGAUGAGGCUGAGGAGGAGGAGGAAGCCUCGGCCGAAGAGGAAGGUGAGGACUCUGAAACAGAGCAAAACUUCCCAAUUUCUACCAGACCUGCGUGCGCGAAUAAAUUAAUAGAUUAUAUCAUCGGAGGAGUAUCUAGUGGGGAGGAGAGUGAGGAUGAGGAAGACUGGGAUGAUGAUGAUGAUGAUGGUGGUGAUGAUGAAGGUGAUGACGGGUUUGACAGCGAAGAGCUGCCCUCGGACUCAGACUCCGGCAGCCAGGACGGGGAGAGGCUCCAUCUGUGGAAUUCCUUCUACAGCUUGGAUCCCUACAACCCUCAGAACUUCACAGCCACCAUCCAGACGUCUUCCAGCGAGCCGGGAAAGGGAAUGUCGGACGUGGAGGAGGAAGAGGAGGAGGAGGAAGACUCAUGGGCAGAGUCCUCCGAGGGCUCUCGUAGUUGCGAGGAGGACGAGUGGGACUGCGACAGCGGGGAUGAGGCGGAAAACUUGAAACUCUGGAACUCUUUCUGUAGCUCGACCGAUCCCUAUAACCCUUUAAAUUUCACGGCGGCCUUUGAGACAGCGGAGAAAAAAGGGACGCGGGGUUUGCAAGGGGCAGAGAGGCCGAGCUCUGGCAUCUCCGAGCGUUUCAGCGUGUGUAGGGUGCAGCUGGAAAAACUCAACUGCGGGGACACCGAUUCGGGGCAGAAAACUGCGAAUUCCAAGCGGAAAAAGGUGACGUUCCAGGAGCAGGUGACAGAGCACUACAUCAGCAGCGAGGAGGACAGGAAGGGUCCCUGGGAGGAGCUGGCUCGGGACGGCUGCAGGUUCCAGAGGAGGAUCCGGGACACCGAGGUGGCCAUCGGCCACUGCCUGAGCCCGGCCCACCGGCUCCGGGUGCUGCAGGGGCUGCGGCCCUGGAGCUGCCCCCUCGAGCACCUUCCGGUGCUGCCUUCCCCGGGCUGCCACCUCUGAAAUCCCCCAGGUACUCACACCUGUCUGCGUGCAGAUGAGCAGAAAAAUCAGAAUUUUUACCUGUUUUAUUUAAUUGUGUUUGGUUUUCCGCACGUUCAUCCCAUUCUUCGAGCACCUUCCAGUGCUGCCUUUUCCACCUGUUUGGGACUUCUUAAAUCCCUCAAAGAGUGACACCUGCCCGUGUUCAUCCCUCCAACACUCACACCUGUCUGCGUGCAGAUGACCAGAAAAAUCAGAAUUUUUACCUGUUUUAUUGAAGUUUUUUUGGUUUUCUGCACGUUCAUCCCGUUCUCCCUUUGAGCACCUUCCAACCCUGCCUUUUCCACCUGUUUGGGACUUCUUAAAUCCCUCAGAGAGUGACACCUGCCCGUGUUCAAUCCCUCCAACACUCACACCUGUCUGCGUGCAGAUGAGCAGAAAAAUCACAAGUUUUUUACCUGUUUUAUUUAAUUGUGUUUGGUUUUCCACACGUUCAUUCCAUUCUCCCUUCAAGCACCUUCCAGUGCUGCCUUUCCCCUGGGCUGCCACCUCUGAAAUCCCCCAGGUACUCACACCUGUCUGCGUGCAGAUGACCAGAAAAAUCAGAAUUUUUUCCUUGUUUUUUUACAUUAUUUUUGUUUUCCACACGUUCAUUCCAUUCUCCCUUCUAGCACCUUCCAGUGCUGCCUUUUCCACCAAUUUGGGACUAAUUAAAUCCCUCAAAUAGUGACACCUGCCUGUGUUCAUAAAAGGAAAAAAAUCAGAUUUUUUCCCCUGAUUUAUUAAUUGUUUUUUUCCUGAAGUAGUGACACCUGCUGUGUUCAUAUAAGGAAAAAAUCAGAUUUUUUUGCCUGAUUUAUUAUUUUUUUUUUCCUGAAGUAGUGACACCUGCCUGUGUUCAUAUAAAGAAAAAAAAAAUCAGAAUUUUUUCCCUGAUUUAUUAAUUUUUUUUUCCUGAAGUAGUGACACCUGCCUGUGUUCAUAUAAAGAAAAAAAAUCAGAUUUUUUUUCCCUAUUUUUAAAAUUAUUUUCAUUUUCUUCACAUUCAUUCCAUUCUUCCUUUGAGCACCUUCCAACCCUUUUCCACUAAUUUGGAAUUUUUUUUUUAAAUCUCUAAAAUAAUGACAGCUGCCUUUUAUGAAAUGAGAAAUAUUAAAUUUUUUUCCCCUAUUUUUAAUUUUUUUUUAAAAUCUGUUUUCCCCACAUAAUUUCAUUUUUCCCCCUUUUUUUUUUUUUGCUGCUUUUCCCCACAUAAUUUCAUUUUUUCCCCAUUUUUUGCACUUUGAAAAACAAAACAAAAACAAAAAAAAAAGACAAAAAAAUAAUAAUAAUAAAUAAUACAAAGCAAAACCUAUUUUGAAGGAAAUAUUUAUGGAUAUAAAUAAUAUUAUUCCCUGUAAUUACAGUUUUGAUUUCAAAUUCCUUGAGGGAUGUUUUGAUGACGGGGUUUUAUUUUUUUUAAUUUUUUAAUUUUUUUUUUUUUGUGUGUGUUUUUCCAUCUUU